AUGAUGACGGACUCAUUAGUUUUCAGAAAGGACAAAGUUGAAGAUUUUUACGAUAUCGGUGAUGAAAUUGGGCGGUGAGUAAUUUAACUAAAUUGAUGAAGUCUUAGCUGCUAAUUUCCUUAAGCCUCUUAUAUUUGAACAUUUAUAGUUUGUAAAUAAAAUACUUGAAAUUUUAUGAUGUAGAUGUGUAAAUUUUGUUCUCUUUAGAGGACAGUUUGCCGUCGUUAAGAAAUGCGUGGAAAAGAGCACAAAUACAGAAUUUGCGGCCAAAUUUGUGAAGAAAAAACGGAGCUUAAGUUCGAGGCGAGGGGCUACGGCAGAGCAAAUCGCUUACGAGGCAGAGCUUCUUAGAAAGGUUCAACAUGAUGGGGUUAUUUAUCUUCACGACGCUUUCGAACGCGCUGCGGAAUUCACUCUUGUCCUGGAACUGUGAGUCAUCUACUUUUAACAUUUUUUGCUAUUCUUAUCGUUUAAGCGAAAUAUUUGUUUGUUUUUUUCAUUGUGUGAUUUAUUUGUGAACAAUCAUAAGAAAGAUAUUCUCGAAUGUUCCAGUGGGACUAUACGUGAAAGAAAACCACUUACCGGUACAUGGACAUGCUAUUGGUUCUUUAAGCUUAUUUGUUGAAUCAUCUCAAUAAAAAGUAAUUUAUAAUUAAUGAUCUAUGUUUCACCGGGUUAUGGGUACUUUAUGGACUAAGUUAAAGAUACAAAAGGAUUUUAAAUUGAUCCUUUUCCAAAAGUCAAAAUUAGCAUAUGUCUCCUUAGGCAAUCUCAAACCUUAAUGCGAAUUUGUUAGACUUGUCACUGCAAAUCAAGAGGUAUUGGCAGAUUUAAUCAAUAACAUUCUUUCCAGCGUCCCUAGAGAGCUUUGAAAGAAUUUCCUGACGUUCAAAGGUUAAGGGUUUCGGGUUCUUAAAUUUUUGUGGCUCAAGUUUCCCGACCAGUUUCCUAAAGUGUUGUCCCUCUCAUAGCAUUUUAUUAAGUAAUGCUUCAAAGCAUGGGAAUCCGAAACUCAAAAACUGUGAAAAUGAUUUUUUUCCUUUGAUAAUCACUGUGCCUUGGCCCUUUAACAAUUAAAGGUAACUUCAAUUAUAAAACAAUAUAUAUUUUUUUGUGGGCAUAAAUAUGUUUAAGGUCAGACUCAGCAUCAUUUUACCCCCUGCCUAAGGGUUAAGUGACUCUGAAAAAGGCUUAAUACUAUUUUGACAAAAAAAAAAACAAACAACAUUCUGAACAAUCACUCAAGUGUGAGAGUGUGCCAAAAUACAUUUUAAGCCGUCAAAAUGUCUAUUUUAGCAUGGAAAAAUAUGCCAAAAUGCACAAAUAAGUUAUGGCAAUGAGAUAAUUAUUGUCCAAGGAGUCUCUCUGUAUGAACAUUUCACCAUUGUUGUUUUGUCAGUACAAGAUUUAUACUCCAUUGAGUAGACUGCUUGUCCAAAUAUACAAUUUUUCUCGGGAUGAAACGCAAGGAGACUUAAAAAAAAAAGUUUCACAAUUGUGUUUUUUUACAAAAUAAAUUGUAAUGUUUGUUGCAAAGGAGAGCAAAGGAGCCAUUGUUGAAUAUUAUCAAUGGGAUGUUUAAUAUUCACCAUUACAAACAUGUAGAUAGAGCUUACAUUUUUAAGGGAACUUCCCAAAAUGUGGUUCUGAUCAAGUCUGUGUAUGUCUGUGGAUACAGUUCAUUGGCAGGGUCAGCAGACCUUGAAUGAGGAGUGCACCAUAAUAGUUUAUCAGCCUUGCUCCUUAAAGUGUAUAUUUUAUAUAACAUUUUAUAUGAUUACAGGGGAUGAAUUGACAACCAUUAUUAUUUUUGCUAAAAUUAAUCAGAUUGAGUGGAGGAGAGUUAUUUGAGUUCUUGAUUGAACAAGACUACUUGACAGAAAAUGAAGCAAUGAGCUUUAUACAGCAAGUUGUGGAAGCAGUUGAUUACAUUCACAACCAUCACAUUGUACAUUUAGAUAUUAAGGUGAGUUGAAUUUUGCUUUUUUUCUCAAGCCUUAUGCCCCCCCCCUCUCCCCCUGGUGGGAGACUCACUGGUUGUGCAAGGAUAUAUUUUUUUCAGGGAUAUGUAUGCAUACCAUUUGAAUUUUAAAAAGCAUAAACUUAAGUCCUUUUGCAACAAAUUUAAAUUUUAUGGGAACAUUUAUUUGAAAAUCAUUCCUCUUUUGCUUGCCCAAGCAACUUGGUCAACUGUGUGUUGCUAAUUUAUUGAUGAAGAAAAGCUCUAAUAAGGAUGAAUCAAUUAAUAGGAGAUUCACAACUGCCACUGAUGUUGGUCAUUUACCAUGCAUGAAAUCUAGAUGGUUAAAUCUAGAACUUCGCUUGGAAUAGAAGAGCAAUCUUGAAUUGGUUAAAACUGGUAAAGAAAGCUGUCUGGCUGCACAACAUGAAUUGCUCCACACCUUUGAGCAAAAAGAAUUUAAGUGCAAAAAAACUGCAGGUUAAAGGUUUUGCAGCUCCUCAAGCUUAGUUUAUGGUCACAAUAUAAUGAACUAAUUACAGCUUCCUGUUAAGUGAGUAUGAAUUUUUAGUUGGAGACCUUGGUUACUCUUAUUAUGUGUCAGUCAUCAUGGGUCAUCUUCAUCAUCAUCAUCUUUGACAGAUCAUUUACCUCAAUACAAAAUUGAAGCUGUUUUUAAAUGAAAGAAACAAACAUUUCUCAGAUGAAAAGUCAUUUAACUUUAUUGCCUCAGUUGAGCUUAGUUUUUUCACAACAAUCUCCUAUGCGAACUAGCUCACUCCAACUCUGGUUGAACAAAGACAAAGAAGCAUAACAUUCUAGAUUUUAUUUACCAGUCAGAGUCAAGAUUAUUCUCCAUGGUUUUUUCAUGCUGGAGGUUUUACUGACAUCACAUUGUACACAUGCACAACACACCGUAAGGAAACUUGGGAACUAGUGCAGUCUGUUGCAAGUCCACAAUACAAUUAUCAGAGCUUUCAGACUUUUUUAAUUUACUCAGUAACUUCUGAAGAUGUGUUGGGGCUUUGAUACAGUGGCAAAUUUUGAAUGAAAUUGCAUUUUGAUCAAAAGAAAAGAUUGCAGGGUGCAAAGAACCAAUUGAAUCAUAAAAAUUACUAUUUUGAGCAAGAUAUUGUCUAAUGAGUGUGGAUGGUAGAUCAUGGUCACAUCAUGGUUUGUAUUUCAUGAGUCAUAGCUUGUUUUUGAAGUUGGAGCCCUUAAUAUUCCAUUUUGUAUUUCAUGGCAAAAAAUUAAUUAUUAUGCAGAAAGUAUUUUUUGUUGGAUUGGGAAGGAGGAUAGGAGUGCAGUAAAUCUUACACAGUGACUGCAAUGUAUUUUACCUAGCAGUCCUAAUUUACAAUGACCUUUACAUAAUGUGAAAAAUUUUCACUCAGUACAACUUCAAACAAAAUGCAUGAUCCACAAUGCACAGCCUACAACUAACAAACCACAUCCCAUCUUUCUUUUUCACAAGUCAAUUAUUUCCCUUUCAAUUCCAAAAAUCUGAGUAUUAAUUCUCCUUACUGUCUACAAUUUCUAUGAUGUCAGUUGAGAGAACAUGGCAUUAGAUCAACUAAUGAUCCCCUAUUUUAUUUUGUUCUUUAUUCUCAUCACUUAGCUGCUUGAUAUUGUAUGGAUGUUGUAAGGCAAAAUUUAAUCUUGGUCACGCGUUGGAAUUACAGGCUUAAUAAUCUUUUGAAUUUGACAAAGCUUAAAGUUCAUCAUCUUCUCCUUUGAUUUACCAAUGAAAUGACCAAUUUUGGAGCCAUGCUUUGCAUUAUGAAGGGUUCAAGAAGUAAUUGUCAUAUCUGAUCUACACAAACAACUCAGCUUCUCUUGGGCAUUCUUUUAUUAAAUAGCCACUCCACAUUGUUUACUGAGUUUAUAUUGUGUCCUUUUUAUUUUUAGAUUGUUUAUAUCCAAUACAAUGUGAUCUUUUGAGUCAAAUUGAAUUACAGGGUAUUUCACAGUGAAACUCUGGAAUUGAAUUGUUUUUUCAGCCAGAGAACAUUGUGUUAAACAACAAAAAAGAGAAAAAAGUGAAGCUGAUUGAUUUUGGACUGGCAAGGAUUAUUCCACCUGGAGAUGUGGUGAAGGCUAUCAUAGGCACACCAGAGUUUGUAGGUAAUUAUACAGCUAGCAUGGGUCAAGUUUGCUGUUGAGUUCAUGACAGAGUUUUAUUGAAUGUAUCAUAACUAUUCUAUGGUAAUGUUUCCACAGCUCCUGAAGUCAUCAGCUAUGAACCAGUAGGAACACCAACAGAUAUGUGGUGAGGCUAUGGUAUUACGUCAUUAUAUCACUCAGUUAGUACAUGAGCUAUGAUUGGUCAGUUUAGCAGGCUGUAAUUUACUGUAUUUAAGCUCACUGAAUUCAAAAGUCUGAUUGAAUUGAAUAAAAAUCACCCUCUAUUUGAACCCAGAGAUUAUAAUGCAUAUCUUGCUAACCUUGUUUUCUUGGUUCAUACUGUAAGGUACGGAACCUUGCUUUUUUUUCUGUUUGGAUUUAAAACCUGCAUGUUUUGUGCCACUCAGUUAGGAAGAGGUGUACAUGCACUUUUUGCAGUAAUAGGAAAUGCAAGGAAAUGCACCCAUGUAAAUGUCUUGCAAAGGUCACCAUGAGUUCCUAGUGAUAUUGUAUCAAUAGAAAUGAUCUCCAAACAUCAUUGAACUAAUGGAGAUUUAGGAAGUGAUUUAUUUAUCUGAGACUGUUAGAGAUUAAAGUGCAUUUAAUCCUACUUGACUAGUCACUGCAUAAGCAUAGCCACUAAUGCUAUUUUCAUAUAGUAGUUCAAAUUAAACUUUAAAUUAUUUUUCUUUUUAUGUGAGUGUAUAAAUAUAUAAUAAUUUAUUAUACAAUUAUUGAUACACCCGUUUUGAAAAUCUGAAAAUAUGCAUUAAUUAUAUGUACCUCUUUUUGUAUCAUCAAAAAUGUGUUGCAUGAUGCAUUUAUAUUUCACAUCAAAGAAACAAUACUUUUUUUGAUAUUGUGCAUGUUAAAGUGAAACAAAGACUUUGGAAAUUUGACACCAGCUAUUGUGCUUUUCUUUUGUCCCUGUAAUUCAUUCUUUCCAUACCCUUUAAUGGAGAAGCAAAGUUAAUUUAAACUGUAAAGUUUUUGAAAAUGGGUAAAUAUGUAUAUAUUUAUAUGUAUAUGUGCUCCUCUGGUGGUUACUCAGUUUCAAUAUUAGUCCUGUAGGUCCAGUUCUACUGGAUUUACAACUAUGUCUGUUUCCUUUUUCAGUCAUCAGGGUAUUUUUCUAUCAAUAACAAGUAAAUUCUCUAAUGUAAGUUACUGACUGCAGAUGAUGGCUUGUUGACUUCCUCUUUUAUUUUUUCCUAGGGCAAUAGGAGUAUUGACCUAUAUACUGUGAGUACUUAAAUUUAUUUUCUACUCUGUUUUGAGGUUCAGAUUUCCCAAGGAGAUGGUUAUGACAUCACUGGAAACAAUAUAUUGCUAUCUAGAAUAGUGGCAGGCAAAAUUCCUUUCCAUCUAAGAUGUUGUUAAGGCACACCAUUUCAAAGCUAACACCCCUGUGGUUUGGUCACCUUAAGAGCCAUGCCAUUUUCUAAUUGUCGUCAAAUACUUCAGUUCGUCAACUACUUACUCUUUAGGUUUUAAUACCUUAACUGAAAAAGUUGUGUUUAUUGCACUUUCUUUUUAAAUUCUUUUUUAUAUUGGUGACUCAAUUAUGCUGUGCUACUGGCUGCUCUUCUUCAUAACCACCUCUUACAAUAUCUUUAUCUUUUCUCCUCCAGGCUCUCUAGCGGGGCAUCCCCAUUCCUUGGAGAGGACCCUAAUGAAACAUUCGUUAACAUACAGAAUGUUGAAUAUAGAUUUGAUGAAAAAUAUUUUGCUGAUAUUAGCCCUCAGGCAAAAGAUUUUAUUAGUUCCCUUCUAAUUAAAACUUCAAGGUGAGUGUGAUGUAUGAGUCAUUGCUUUGGGUUAGUCUCUCUUGAGAGUCAAAUUGUUAAAUCGGAACUUUUAUUUAGCCCACGAAAGUUUUACGUUUGGUAAUAAUGUAGCAUUUUGAGGUAGCCUUGGUUUAUUUAGGGUUAAAAUACCUUCGAUUUCCAGAUUAAAUUUUGGUUUUAAAAUAACAAUAUUUAAUUUAUUGUUUCAGUGAUAGAUUAUCUGCAAGAGAUUGUUUGACACAUCCCUGGCUGAAGGUAAUUUGCUGAAGCACUAAUUAAUCUGCAGUAAUUAUCGAAUGGGAACUGUUCGUAUUUCCUCGCCAUAACAUUUUCCAGAACAUCUUAUGAACUUUUUGAUGUCACUUAUGUGGCACUUAUGUAUUCUUCGGAAAUGAAGAAGCAAUAUCCCUCAUUUGGCGUAAAUGUAAGCUCGGAUAUUUGUCUGCGGACAUUGUCUUUUUCCUGAAGCGUAAAGUUUUCCAAUAGAAAUCUCGAAGAAAACUAUGGGUUUUGAGGAUCAGAUGAUUACGAAGGAUAAAUAUUCUGUAUCAGCCUAUUUUAGCCAGGUGGAGCCUAUUUUGUUUUAUUGUCCUUCAAAUAUCUUAGAGCGCGCAGGAAAAAAUUGGGUACAAACAGCUUACCGCAAAACAACUUGUACAACAUGCGAUGUUGAUUGUCGACCAGUGAUCUGUUGUGGCCAAACCAGUUUACUCCAUCUCUUGUUCCAAUGAAAAAACCCCCUACCAUCUUAAGUGUAAUCGUUGACGACGACGGUUAUCGAAAUGAAUUUGAGGUCUAAAAAUCAACGAAUAUCACUUGGGAUUAUCAUUGGGUUUACCAUAUUCCCAACGUUUGGUUUAUUUCGUCAUGUGAUGUGUCCUCACCAAUCGCUACCAGUAGGUAGAAGUUGAGUUAAGGUAACCACACCGCGAGAAAGACCUUUGUGACCUUGUUUGAAGGAACUACGAGGUAUAACUAUCAACCUGAACUUUACAACCCUUCAACAACAGCAGGUACAUUAGGCUGGCGUUCAUAUCUGGAGACAAGGGCGAAGAAACAUAUACAUAUUUUAUUUACCCAUGAAGAUCUCCAGCCUGUAUUAUUUAUUUCAUUCAAUUUUAAGUCUAGGAAUAUUAUAUCACAGUUUGAAUUGCAGCCCUUUCUCUCUUGCGAAAACCUUCAUGGCCGUAUAGCAUAUCUUUUAUCAGUCAGCAGGAUUGUUAAUGUGUCGUCCAGGAUUAUGAAAGUCACCUUUGAAAACCAACGUCUCUUCCUCUAGUGCGUUAUUACGACACUAAUUGACUUUUUUUACGAUCUUAGACGGACCUUGAAGUGGCUACGAAGAGAAAGAGUACCUUGAUCAAAACGGACACUUUUAAGGCAUUUCUGGCUAGGACACAAUGGAAGGUAAAAGUGAAAACGUGAUGUCAGAAUACUGAAUCUUUUGAUCUUUUACAGUGUAGGUGGCAGUUCUUCAGUUUUCCUUGAAGUGCUCCAGUAUUGAGAAAUUGAGGAGGCACAUCGCGUGGGUGUUUUUAUGCUAAUAACUAACGACUCUUAGAAUUCAAUUGUUGUAAGCCUGUGUUUGGUCAGGGAAGAGCUAUGAAAUCAUUUAGUGGAUUUACUUUGGUUGAAAUUCGUUUUCUUUACUCAAAACUGAACGUCAGCGGCUCUCACGAAAUUUUUUUAGGAGCUUUCCCCGUUUACAAAUUUUCAUCAUAUGCAAAAAAAUUUUCUCUUCCAACAGAAAUCCUUGAAGAAAGUAAUAGCUAUAAACAGACUAGCGGUUCUUGGAAAGAGGAGUGAUGCAUGUAAAGACUUGUUCCCUGAGGUUUGUAUGCAGUGUAAUUCUAUUUAUGUUGGUUAAUUUAGUUUGCUGGACCUUUCUCCGUCGUAUGUCAGUAUUACAGGUGGCAAUGCAAUCAGAGGGAUACAAUCUUAAAAGUUAAUGUUGAACCUAUCAACAACGGUCUCUCAAGGAAAAAAAAGAACUGGUUUCUAGGUUAAAGUGUUCUCUUUAUACUCCUUUCGUGAAUAAUAAUAAUAAUAAUAAUGACAACAAUGAAAAUAAAAUUAAUUAACCACUUCCCCAAUUUGCCUUUUUAAGGCCAAUCAAAUCAGAAACAGACACUGUGAACAAACAUAAUGUUUAAAAAUCUCAUCUUCCCAGAGGCAGACCAGUAGGCUAUUUAAAAGAGUCAGGCAUGAAGUUGAACUCGGGAGAACCGAGAACAAACCCAGAGUGUAGCAGGAUGAAGGGCUUGAACCCGGGACUACCAGAUUACAAGACUGGCGCCCCAACCACUCGGUCACACUGCAUGCCUCCUCAAAUAUGAUAUCCCUUACUCUGAAAAACCAGGAUAACCAAUCAUGAACUGUGUUCUAUCCUGCAGGGUGAUAGCUGUUCAGACGCAUCAGACAGUGAGACAGAAGGGCCCGAUCACAGUCCUGAGAAGAGAACCGCGCCAACGAAUUCAAAAUUGCUGGAGGAUAAAACCAACGCGGUUCUUCAGCUGAAUGACGGGGAACAGUUGAAAAGUUCAUCUAUCGAUAGCACACCGAAAAACUUCUCGGAUGGUUGCUCUGAAAAGUAAUAUUCUUAUGCUAUUAUCUUAACAACUGAACAAGGCAGAUGCAAAGUAUUUAGGACUGAAAUGUAGCUUACUCUGAGAAAAGAAACACAGUAGUGUAACUAGAUUAUUCCCUAGAGGUAGGUAGCAGGGGUUUCAAUGAAAGCUGGUUAUGGCCACCUGUAAGACCUCUUACUGUUGUCUUUUAUCCUGCUAGCCUCUAGAUUUCAAUUUUUAUUGUUCUGGGGAGCUUGACCCCAGACCUCUCACGGCCCGUUUUUUUCCGGCCACAGCCGCCUAUUUCACCAUCGGCAGCCGCCGUUAUUGAAAUCCCUGAAGAAAGAAUCAUAAGAUUAUUAUCCAAACCGUCGCAAAUUUAUUUAAGUUAGGAUUAACAUUCAAAUUGGAAUAUGAAAUUCUUCCUGAAGUAAACUAAGCUGUGCAUCAUAAUACCUAGAUGUGAUUUGAUGACAUGUUUAGAGGUCGUGAUUGUACAGCGAAACUCAUAUUUUAGCAAACUCCGGUUAGACACUGACGAUGGAGGAAAUAACGAAACGCCCCGUGACCAUUGAAAAAAUUGAAAAAUAUGAUCAAUGUAAAAGAAAGUGUAUAUUAAAGAAAACAUACCAAUCAAAGCGUACUUAACUGAUCAUAAACUAAUUCAACCAAUCAUGAUGAGAUAUAACAUCAAUAUUUGAACAUCAAAAUCAAAACCAGGCAAACGCAGACGUCAUUGGUAACCUAUAGUAAGCGAUAAUAGAUAAUGUUAUUGUAAACCUUCGGAGGCCAAUUUUUUUUCGGGUCAACUUUGCCAGGAUUUUCAGUAUAACGAGCGACGGG